UUGAGCUCACGAAAACGUUUAGUCUUACAUAUAAUCUGUUUAAAUAUGCGGUGUACGUUUUUGGUAAGCACAAAUCCCAUUUUCAAAAGCGUACAUAACGGACUCAAAUGCGGAUUUAAAGUACGCAGGCCCAUGCUGCGUAAAUGGAGUGCACCUCAAACCGCUUGAUGUUUUGGUCCGGGUCCUUCAAAAAUCUACGUGCGCUUUUGAAACAGGAAAUCUUAAAUUUAUAGCGAUUUCUUGUUUGAAAAUUCUGUUAAUUUCAAAAUGCUGUCUAUGUUUAAAUCCAUACCAGCUCACAUGGACUACAGAGGACAGAAACUUGCAGAACAGAUCUUCCAAGGCGUUGUCCUCGUCUCAGCGGUCAUCGGAUUCAUUUAUGGUCUCAUUAUUGAGCAGUUUGGAUGGACUGUUUACAUAAUGAUAGCUGGAUUUGCAAUCUCCUGUUUGCUCACGCUACCGCCAUGGCCUAUGUACAGACGACACCCGCUCACCUGGCAGCCCGCCCUACCAGAGACACCGGCAGAAAACCGCGAAAAACCUCAGGAGAACUUAAAGAAGAAAAAACAUAAGUAGAGUGUCUUCCGGUUUCCCACGGAACCCUUUCAUUAGCACCCCUGCGAACUUUGCGGCUGGACAUAUUUCACUCAUUCAUGUCAUUGUUUCAUGUAAAAUCAAACGUGUAAUAAAAACGUUCAACAUUA